CCACCACUCCUCCCAGUGACUUCCAGUCCUACCCCUGGGCUAUCCAUUCAGACCAGUUAGACAACACGCCCCACGUGCUGACAGCUGGGAAGUCCCUGGCCGAACAGUGCCAGGCUGAGGGGAGAAGGAGCAGAGCGCCAAGGGCUGGGCACUGCCCAAGCAGGGGUAGUGGAGGCGGACUGCAUGCCCAGAACCAAGACUGUCCCACCCACUCCUCUGUCCCUGAGGGGACUGGACUGGGAGUGGGCCUGAACUGCCAGCCUUCCCAGCCACCUGGGUGUCUGCACGUGCUCAGAGAUGACUUUCCCAAAGUAGAUUCCCUGGCGUUGGGACAGAACCUGAGGAUCGAUGUCACUGGCACGCCGGGUGCCUCGGCUAAUCUGGCUCUACAACAGGAGUCUAUGUCCAAGUUCGUGUGCAUAGAUACGUGUGCACACGCUGGGGCAAAGGUGGCAAGCUCAGCAGGUUCCUGGAGGAUCCUGGGCACGCAGAAUCCUGGCACGCAGCGGCCUUGUGCCAGUGUGCCCAGGACAGAUCCAAAGCUCAGGCCUGCAGACCUCAGGCUUACCAGUUGCCAUCCCGUCUGGUCCAUCUGGUCCAGCAGCAGGGAGCAGCGCCUCCUGGAUGUCUCCCAAGGAGGAGCUCCGCUGCGGGGCGAGGAGGAGCCCCCUUCUCUGGAAGACUCCCCCACCAACUGCCAAGCCCACCCACACGCCGCAGGGCUCGCGUCAGGGACGUCACAGAGGCGGCGACAUCACAGGCACCGGCGUCCCCCCCCACCCCACCCGACCCCCGCAUCUCUACCGCCCCCCACAGCCUGCCACCAAAGAGCGCACUGGAGGCGGAGGGGCGGCAGCCACCAGCCCGCUCCCCGCCGCAGAGUCUCGGGGUGCCAUAAACCAAAACCAGUUCCAGCCAAUACAAGAGGAAGAAGACAUGGAGCUGGAGGACGAAUUGCUAGGGCCAGAGGUUCCCGAAGAAGAGGUCCCUCAAGUGGAGCCAGAACAGAAGCCCAAGCCCUUCCCACAGGCAGAGCCCAAGGCCAAACAGGAAGACCCCAAGCCCCAGGAGUACAGGGAAGAGUCCCCCCAACCCUACGGAGACGGGCUAACAAAGCCAGGCAUCAGACAGCUGAGCAUGAGGUCCAACUCCAGCUACGUGAGUUCCGUGGACGAGGACUACCGCUCCAUCCACGUGCAGACCUCCAGGCACCUCUUCUGGGUAGACAGGCUCAUCCAGGUGUCAGAACACAGCCUGCAACCAGUGAUCAGCACGCAGCCCGUCCAGAAGAGCACAAAAGAGACCACCAGAGGCCCAGCCCAACAGACGGUCCCCAAGGACCCUGAGAGCUCCAAGAAGCAGAGCCAGGACCCCAGCGCCCAGCAAGGCCCUCGAGACAAAGCCUCCCAGAAGACUCCAAGCCCCGAGCCGUCCUUCUGCGUGCCCUCCAUGGGCCUGGAAGAGCUGAUCAAUUUUGCAUCAACCCUGGCCAUGGCCUCCUCCAGCAGGAUGGACUUGCCCAGCUUGCAGCACAUGAUCAAGACCACACCCCAGAAGACCAUGCCACCUCCCACAGAGCCCGCCAUGGAUCACGCUGCCCAGCCCAGCACGGACAAGCCAGAGCAGGAGAAUCUCACAAAGGACGAGAAGCCACCAGAGGAACCAAGAGAAGUCAGGGAACCUCAGGAUGCCCCAAAGCAAGGCGAUAAGGACGUCCCUCACCCUUACCUUGACCUCGGCAAGCCAGGGUUCAAGAGGGCCACCAUUGAAGGGGAGCUGAAGUUUCUCCAGUCCCCGCCCAUGUCCCCUCAGCCAAAAGGAGCUGCAAAAGAGCCUGCACAGAAGCCUCAAAGACUGCUCACACAAGACCCAGGAGAGGAGCAGACUGGCAGAACCCAGAAGGAAAGGUUGCCGCAACGUGCCACCCUCCUGACCCAGAAGGAACCAGCUGCUGCCUUGGCCACAGGGGCUGAGCAGGCUUCCCAGAGGACCAGACAGCUCAAGGGCCUUGAGGCCACCCACACAGUACAGUCAGGCCCUCAGACCAGGUCUCAGAGAGGCAGCUUUGCAGACAAGAACCUGCUUCCCCUGACAGCACGGCAGCUGGCAGCAUUCCAGGAUGUCUUCAAACUGUUCAGCUCCAGCCCAACAGGCUCCGUGGACAUGCGCAGUAUGAAAACUGCCCUGUGCAAUGUGGGUGUCCAGCUGAGCCCUCAGGAGAUGUGUGAGGCUCUGCGGCAGGCGGACUUGGAUGGUGAUGGAACCGUAAGCUUCAAAGACUUCCUGGGUGUCCUCACUGACAGCCACCGCCUGGCUCAGUGCUUGGGCAAGGUGAGGAACAGCUGGGCCUGUGACCCCCAGGGCUUGCAAACCCUCUUCUUGGAGAUGCUGUUCAAGCUGAUGAGUCUGGGCUAUGUGCCCUUCAAGUCGGUACGGGAGGUGAUGAGCUACUACUCCAAGAAGCAGCGGUCUCUGCGGCUGAACGCAAGCCGGAAAGGUCGGUCCCGCAGCCACGGCCGCAGCGGGCGCUCUCACGCGGGCCUCGCGUUCUUCUGCCAGGCCGCGCGCCUCAUCGGCCUCUCCAAUGCCGAGCUGGCGCGUUCGCUGCACGGACUUCACAAAGCGGGUGCGCCCGGGGCUGGGCGGGGACCCGCGGGACUGGGGACUCUCUCUCACAACCGGCUUUCGGGAAGGACCCCCUUCUCUUCCUCCUCCUCGCUUCCUCGCCCCAGGAGCGUGCAGCCCCUACUCCCAGAUACCUAGCCUGAACGGGCGGUCGCAGCCGGAAUCCCUCACGCAGAGGCGAACUCCGCGCCCCGACGUCCGACGUCCCAAGUCGUCCCAGCCCAGUCGCCCCAAGAGCGGGCGGCUCAGCCAAGGUGAAAGUCGACAAAGGCAGAGCCAGAGGGCGGAGCCGGGUUAUGUAGAUAAGGGGCGGGACAUGUGAGGGUGGGGCGGGACCGAGAGGAUAGGGGCGGGGCAGACGGAGCCGGGACCCGACAGAUAAAUGGGACCGGCGGGGAAAGGAGGGACGGGCAGAAUGGAAGCAGAACUACAAGAAAUUGGGACCUGAUCCGGGGAGAUGCAAUAAGAGAUCACUCUGAUUGCCAUCUCCUGUUUGACCACUUCCAAUUUACCUUGAUUCACGAACCUAACAUUGCAGGUUCCUAUGCAAUAUUGUUCUUUACAGCACGACUAAGGAUCGACUAAGGAUAGGGCGGGGCAUAAGAAAAAGAGGCGGGGGACCCAGGUAGGAGGCAGGACUGGUGGAAAUGGGGCGGAGCCGGCAGAAACAGGGACUCAGGUGGAGCUAACCCUGCGUCUCUAAUCCGAGCCGCAAGCUUGACCCUCCGUACUCCCCCUCCGCGCUUCCGCAGGGUUCGCGGACCAGUUACUAGGGUGUAUGUGCCCUUCGAAACUGGCUCCGUGCCCCCAAACUCUGAUGCAGAAGCAGCCCUUCUCCCCCUCUCCGGCCUAUUUGCAGAGACCUGCUACGAAGAAAUUGUACAAGUAAAGUGUUUGCUGAGCGAAA